CAGUACGCGCCGUCCGUCUUCGAGAAGUACGCGACCAGCGUUACGGUGGGCAAAAAGGAGGUGACCCUCAACCUGUACGACACCGCAGGGCAGGAGGACUACGAUCGGCUACGGCCCCUUUCUUACCAGAACACAAACGUGGUGCUCAUUUGCUACGACGUCACGAACCCCACUAGCUAUGAUAACGUAGCAGCUAAGUGGUACCCCGAGGUGCAUCACUUCUGCCGGGGCGUGCCCGUGGUGCUGAUCGGCUGCAAGACCGACCUGCGGAAGGACAGGGAGCAGCUGCGCAAGCUCAGGGCCUGCAGGCAGGAGCCCAUCACCUACAGCCAGGGUGAAGAGGCUUGUCAGCAGAUUCAGGCAGAGGUUUAUCUGGAGUGCUCAGCAAAAUGUCGUGAAAACAUAGAGAACGUUUUUAAAGAGGCAACAACCAUUGCCCUGAGUGCCAUGAAAAGAGCCAGGCGCCAAAGGAAACGGACUGUUUGCUCUGUGCUAUGA